UUUAUUAUUUUUGUUUUUAUUAUUUUCUUGUGGGCAUAUGAACCAUCUAGUGACAUACGACAUUAUAUUUUGUUUAUGUUUGUGUUGGUAUUUGUUUGCCGGAUUAUUUAAUGUCUCCAUUUGACUAUGUAUGAAUUUAUACUCUUUUGGUGAUUGAAAUUUAGUUCUUUUAUACUCUUUUAUACUCUUUUAGUUAUGUGGCAUCGUCUUUCUUGAAAGCAUGUUUCUUUUGCAGGGAUGACCCUACUCAAGUUCCAGAAGGUAAAUUUCUCUAUCAUUUUUUUCCUGUUGAUCUUUCAUGUUUUCUAGACAUGGCUAACCUUGUUGGAUUGAAUCGGUCUUCUUAGUCUUUCAAGGUUUUUCAUGAGUACAAAUUUGCCGCCUGUAGAACUAGGAGCAAUGCAAAUUACAUUAUGACAUCUAGUUAUUGUUGGAAGUCUUCCAUUGCAAAUGAUAUUUAGAAAAGGAAUAUGCCACCUCUAGUUUUUUGUAAUUUAGAUAUUCAUUCCUUUUUUUUUAAAUCUGCGCAUGAAAUUUGAUAUCUAAUUCCCCCCUUCCAAAUAUCUUCUCAGAACCUGCUCAAAACUCUGUUAAGUACUUAACUUGGCAUAGAACUGCAUCAUCUCGAUCUUCCUCAUCCAGAAACCCUGUGGGAGCAAACUCAAGAGAUGAUACAGAGGCCUUUGCAAAUAACCUCUUUGACACGUCUUGUAUGAUAUCCGAAAGCCAUGCAUCAACUUUGGAUAGGCUAUAUGCCUGGGAAAGGAAGCUUUAUGAUGAAGUGAAGGCUAGUAAGAUUAUCAGGAAUGAAUAUAACACGAAGUGUAAAAUCUUGAGGCACCUGGAAUCAAAAGGAGAAAAGACUCAUACAAUUGAUAAAACUCGAGCUGUCGUCAAGGAUCUGCACUCAAGAAUCAGAGUUGCGAUUCACAGGAUUGACUCUAUAUCAAAGAGGAUUGAAGAAUUAAGGGACAAAGAGCUUCAGCCACAGCUUGAGGAGUUGAUUGAAGGGUAAGAUCUUCUAG